AUGACGUUCCCGACCCCUUCGUCAGAUCCGCCCAAGCAUGAGAUGGCAUAUUUUCCGGACAUGACGACGUCGCUGCCGACCGAGUCGGGUGAAUUCCGCCGUGUGUUAUGGACGGGCCUGUACAGUCAAUUGGUCCUGAUGACCGUGCCUGUAGAUGGGGAGAUUGGAGACGAGAAACACACUGUCGACCAGAUCCUCACUUUCACAUCCGGCAAAGGCAAGGCCACCAUCAACGGUGUGGACCAGGAUGUCAAGGCCGGCGAUCUUAUCAUCGUGCCCGCAGGCACGCAGCACCAGUUUAUCAACACAGGUCCUACGCCUCUCAUCUUAUACACCGUGUACUCGCCUGCGGAGCACAAGCCGACCACCGUGCACAAGGACAAAGCGCAGGGAGAUCGCGAAGAGGAGGAAGGCAUCGACGAGGCUCCGGAGUGGAGUCAGCGCAGUAAGAAGGAAAACGAGGAUUUGGGCCUUGUAGAACCGGAGGGGCACUAG